AUGUGCGUUACCGUCUACGUUAUCGUCUUAUGGCUCCGCCGGAAGGACUCAGAAGAGAUCGCCAAGGAGCUGAUUGUGCGAGCCAAAGCCAGUCUACGUGGCGCGACGCCUGCUGACGUGGCAGCUGGCGUGGCGCAGCUAUCCGCGGCGGUGGACCGCGCGCCGUGGCUGGCGGGGUCGCUGCAGGAGAUCCGCGCGCGCGCGCUGAUGCGCCUGCAGCGGUAUGAGGAGGUGGUGGCGGUUCUGGCGGAAUAUCUACCAGAUCUGUCUACAGUGCACAACGCCAUGCACUACACGGAGGACGAGAACAAGACAGCGACGGACAUGUGGCAGUGCCUGCUGUUAGGCCAGGCCACGUACCACCUGGGCUGGCUGGACGAGGCGCUCGUGCUGCUCCGACGCGCCAAGAGGCUCAGCCAGGCUGUAGCGCGCAAGGAGAGUGCACUGAUGGACGAGGACCAGUUCCCAGUGUUUGACGCCGCCCACCCCGCAGCCAUGGCACCCCUCUCCGCGUCCUCCUCAGCGGGGGAGACCCUCAACCGCCUCAUCCUCGUCAUCCGCUUCCUGCUCUGGCGUCGCUCCGCUGGCGACGCUGCCUUUGCUGCGGGCCUUUACCCGGAAGCUGUCCGCCACUACUCCAAAGUUCUCGAGUCCAAGAAGGGCAUACCCCAGUCCCUAGCCGCCUCUCUCUUCCUCCGCCGAGCCGCAGCCUUCCAAGCCUCCAGCCGCAUCGCCGAUGCUAUCGCCGACUGCUCCCGAGCCUCAGCCCUGGAGCCACACCGAGCCGACGCGCUCUGGUGCCGAGCCUGCCUCUACCAGUCCGUCGGCUGCUUCCAAGAAGCUUCCCAGGACCUGGAGCGGCUGCUUUCGUUUUACCAGGAGCUAUUGGCGUCAGCAGGAGGAGGGAGGGACCUCUGGUUACGGCUUGGCGCAGGAGACACGGGACUGGUUGCUGCAUUGGAGCUAGGGCUGGGAGGGGAGAAGCGCAAGUUUGUGGGCAGGCAGAGGGGCCUGAGGCGGUGGUUUGCCAAUGCGGUUGUGCACGUUGGGAGGUGGUUCGUGGCGUUAGGGAGGGUGUUGGGAGUGGUGGCGCAGGAGGAGGAGGAUGAAGCCGGGUGGUGGCGGGAGCAGACGAAUAUGGAAGUUGCUGAGAAGCAUCUCACUUAUUCCCAGCAGCGGGAGCAGCAGAGGGAGCAGAGGGAGCAGCAGAGAGAGGAGUUGAGAGAAGGGUUGGCAGCGUCUUUAGCUCUAGCUGCAUACCGCAUCGCCCUGAUCCGAAACUCAGAGGCCCGCGCCCUCACGUUUGUUGAGAAGUGCGCGAUCAGAGAUGGUAGGAGCCCUGAAGAGGUGAAAGAUGAGGUGAUGCACGAGUGGGCGAGACUAGAUGGCGUGUUGCAGGAGGCAUAUUCUCAGCUGAUACAGGCCACGGGAGGGAACAAGGACACAGCUGCUGCUGCUGCUGCCGCACUGCAGGUUCAUGACUUGGAGGAUCUGGAGGGGGAGGACGGGGAGGGGGAGGGGGACGGGGAUGAGGAUGGGGGCGCGGAGUGGGAAGGGGAAGGGGAGGGGGAAGGGGAGGGCGGGGAUGCGGAGGGGCGGAUGCGGAGGCGGGGGGAGAGGCGGAAGCUUUUUGGAAGGAGGUUGCCCGGGACGCCGAGUUUUAAUCUGAGGCGGGGUGGGGAUGAGAUGGAUGUUGGGCGGAUGUUGAGGGGGAAGUCUAGGGUGUGGGAGAGAGGGUCGGGAAAGAGUCGAGGGAGGGAGGAGAUUGAAGGGAAAGGGGAAGGCGGGGAUUGGUGGAGGAAAGGGAGGAGGGAUAAGAAGAUGAGGGAUGAGCGGGGGUGGAGGGAGAGGGAGGAGAGGCGGGAGCGGGAGGGGGAUUCGAUGGGUAUGAGCCCGAAGCUGCACUCGUUUCGGAUGGAGAGGUGGGUGGAGGAAGGGGCGUCGAUGGAUGGAAUGCGGUUGGAUUCGUUUGACUUCGGUGUGGUUGGGGAUGUGUUUGGAGGGCUGGGCAGUAGGAUGAAGAUUUGGAAGAAAAAAGAGGGGGUGCGGGCAGGGGGGAGGGAGAAGGAGGAGGAGAAGGAGGAGAAGGGCGAGAAAGGGGAGAAGGGUAGGGAGAAGGAGAGGGAGAAGGAGAAGGAGAGAAGGAGGAGGAAGAAAUUGGGGGUGGGGGAUUUACUGGGCGAAGAAGAGGAGGAUGAGGUUGAGCAACGGUCUAGAUUUGGUUUCGGCGUGCUGGCGUGGGAGAGAGAGAAGGAUAAGGAGAGGGAGAGGGAGAAGGAGAGAGAGCGGACGGAGCGGGAGCGGGAGAAAGCAGAGAGGGAGAGGGAGAAGGAGAAGGAGCGAGCAGAGAGGGAGCGAGAAAAGGAGCGGGAGAGGGCUGAGAGAGAGAAGGAGAAGGCGGAGAGGGAGAGGGAGAGGCAGGAACGGAAGGAGAGGGAGCGGGAGGAGCGGGAGGAGAAGCGGGAGCGAGAGCGGGCCGUGAAACGGGAGAAGGAGAGGGAGCGGCGGGAGAGGAGGGAGAGGAGGAAGAAGCUGCAAGGUUCAGUGGAGGACUUACCAGGAGAGUUCAAGGAGGAAGUGGAAGAGAAUGAGAGAGCGAGGGAGAAGGAAGGGGAUCGGCCUGAUACAGCAGGAGCUGUCGUGCAGAGAGCAGGGGAAGGGGGGGGUGAGAGAGAGACUAGGGUUGCGGGAAGGGUUGCGAGUAUGGGGAGGGAGAGUGACAGUGAGGGGGAGUAUGAGCGGGAGCAGUGGCGCCCUGGCGGAGGUGAUUAUAACGAAGGGGCUGAUUCGUUUGUGGAUAGUUUCUUUGAAGCUGCGCAAAAGGGUGCGGGUGCAGGGAUAGGGCUGGGUGUGGGGGCGUUGCAGUCUGUAGGGGCUUUAAAGUUUCGAAGGAAAGCGGAUGAGAAAGGGGAGGGGAAGGCAGGGGAGGGGAGAGCAGGGGAGGGGAGAGCAGGGGAGGAAGGCGGGAGAGAGGGAGGAGAGGGUGGAAAGGAGGGGCGAGAAGGAAAGGGUAGGCGGGAAGGAAAGGAGGGGCGGGUUCAGAGGGAGGUGGGUGAGGGGAUGGAAGGGGAGGAGGAGGAGGAGAAGAGGAAGAGUGAGAAGAAGGGCGAGAAGAAACGGCAUGGGAAUGUGUUUAAGAUAGGGGGGUUGCUGGGGGGAGGAGGUAGUGGAGGGGGGAGCAGCCUUGGUACUGGCAAUACGGGUAACAGCAACAGCAACAACAGCAUUGGCGGUGCUGGUGAUGUGGCAGCUCUAGUCUCCCCAACAGCUGCUACCUCAGCGUCUGUCUUCUCCACGUCAGCACAGGAAACAAGCUCUUGGGAAGGUUCAGGGCAGGAAUCAGGCAUUCUGAGCCCCCACAAAGCUCCUCUUGCUGCCACGUCAGCAGCAACUGCAGCAGCAGCAGGAGGAGGUGCACAUAUGCAAUCAGUGCCGCCCCACACCGACCAUUUUGGUGCUGCUACCGCCGGUGGUACUCCAGGUGCUUCGCCAGGUGGUUUCUCAGGUGAUUUCAACGCAAUCAUGUCCCCGAUCACGCCACCUGAGCCACACUCCAGCCACCCUCACUCCCUCACUCCCCCACUUCCGGAAGUAGAGGAGGGGGAUGAGGAGGGGGCGAUAGGCGAGGAGGGGGAGGAGGGGGAGGAGUGUGGGGAGGGCGAAGGGGGGGAGGCGGCUACACCAAGUGCGGUGGAGGGGAGGGGUGCAAAGAAGAUGGUGGCUCAGGCUGUGCUGGGAGGGCUCAAGAAGGGGUUGAGAACGGGAUCCCAGCUGGGGAAGAAGCUUGCUGCUGCCACUAUGAGCCCACAGAGGGCUCUCGCGACAGCAAUCACCAAGGAGCAUUAG